CAAAAUGGCGACUACAACUUUAACUAGAACGAUUUUGUUACCAAAAAGAAGUACAGAUUUUAACGUUUUUGUGCUCAUUAUGUCUAUUAUGUUCGCAUUUGGAGAAUCACUUCAAGUUUCAUAUCUGUCCAACAGCUGUAAUACUACAAUCCCAGCAGAUAUCACAGGCCUGGUUGAGCCGGACAGCAGCCUGCGAUACAGUAACAAUCAGGACUGUCAUGUAGUCCUUUCUACAGACUCAAACAAGAAGCUGCUUUUGCAGUUCAACAGAUUUGUCUUGGAAGAGGCUGUAAAUGGAGAAUGUGUGGACAGUCUGAGGGUGCAUGAUGGAGAGAGUGACCUGGCAUCACCUUUGAGCCCUAAGCUUUGCGGCCGCCAGACCCUGUCUGAGGUGGUCUCCACUGGCAGCAAUGUGACCUUCGUGUUUGAGACGGACGACUCUGGGGUCAGCCUGGGAUUUGGUAUCCUCUACACAGUAUUUGAAGAUGCACCAUGUACGGCUGCUCAGUUUCAGUGUAACAACAGUAGAUGCAUUGAUAUUUCUCUCAUCUGUGAUUCCUUGAACAACUGUGGAGAUAACAGCGAUGAAGCCCAAUGCACAGACUUCAUGGAAACGUCCAGUGGACUGACCCUCGGUCAGAUCGUCCUCAUCGCCAUCGGAGGCAUUGUCCUGGUGGUCAUCGUCAUCUUCGCCGUGAGAUCGGCCGCUCAGAAGCUGCGCUCCAACAAGCUCCUGAAACAGCUCAAAGAUGACAUGGACAACUCCAGGGUGGAUAACGAGUAUAGCAAUAAAGACUUCUGGGGCAAGUGAGGGGGAAGACAGGGCAAGUGAGGGGGCAGACAGGACAAGUGAGGGGGCAGGCAGGGCAAAUAAACGGGUAUAGAAAGUUGCGAAUUUACCUAACUCAAAGAAUUAAAGACAUCUGGGGCAAGUGAGGGGGCAGGCAGGGCAAAUAAACUGGUAUAAAAAGUUGCGAAUUUGCCUAACUCAAAGAAUUAAAGACAUCUGGGGCAAGUGAGGGGGCAGGCAGGGCAAAUAAACUGGUAUAGAAAGUUGCAAAUUUACCUAACUCAAAGAAUUAAAGACAUCUUGGGCAAGUGAGGGGGCAGACAAGUAAAUGGCAUAGAAAGUUGCAAAUUUGCCUAACUCAAAGAAUUAAAGACAUCUGGGGCAGGUAAGAGGGCAGGCAGGCAGGGCAAAUAAAAGGCAUAAAAAGUUGCGAAUUUACCUAACUCAAAGAAUUAAAGACUUCUAGGGUAAGUGAGAGGGGCAGGCAGGCAGGACAAAUAAAUCUGGGCAUAGAAAGUUGCAAAUUUACCUAACUCACAGAAUUAAACACAAGUUCUAUGCGAUCCUGAUUGAUUGAAAUCAGUUUUCAUGUAAGCCCCACUGCACUUUUUAUACAUUGUAGCUACUUGCGCCCUCUAUAUAACAAACAAUGCCUAAUUGGUGACCAUUGGUCCCCCAAGAUCCUCUUUUUCUUAUGUUAAGUGAGAGCUGAUUUGAUGACAUAACCACCUGUCAGAGACCAUGCAGGGAGUUCUAAUCCCUCCAGGCCAAACUAGUGCAGACAGGCUUUAAUGUUCUAUCUUGCACACAAAUGCAACUCUCAAUGCAAGAGACCAUCAGGUAAGGCAAGUAAAUGACCCUACGAGGGCAGUAUGGUGUCUCAUCAAUCAUCAGCAAAGACAAAUUCAUGGACGUUUUCUUUGCUUUUGGCCACUUGUUGGGAGAUAAUUCUCGAUCAAUUACUACAGUCUUUCAUAUAUUUUUAGAAAUAAUUGUAAAUAUACAUUUUUCAGUACUGUUUGUGCUUUCUUUCAAAUUUGUAUUUAUUAUUGUAUUCCGUCCACACUUGUUAGAGAUAAACUAAAUUUAUUAUUAUACCACAAUGAUUGUAUUUUCUGUUGGAAUUUGAAGGCACAGUGUACUAUCAAUUAAUUGUUAUUUUAUAAAUUACUGUAUAGUAUUGUCGAAGAUUAAAAAGAGUAAGCUUGGUUAAUUCAUGUAUAUUCCUAUGAAAUGUUUUGAUAUUAAAAUUACAUUACCGGUAGUCUAUCUGUGUAUAUAAUCACAAGAUCAAGCAAUCAAAACGAAAAUGAGUUAUAUAAUUUAGUUACAUAUUUUCAUUAGUUUCAUGUAUAUAAUAUAUUUUUCUAUUUGUAUAUUGUUUGUAUAUCCAUUGGAAAUGAAUGGAGUUGUUUAGACUACCAUUGGUAUUUUGUGAAGUGAGAUUCUUUGUAAAAUAGCAGAGCUUUAUCUACUUACACUAGCAGUUGUAGUGUGAACCACUAUUUAGGAAUAUUUUGAAUUAAUUUUGAUCAAGGAUUCUUGUCUAUCAUCACUCACUAACAUAUAUGUUGACUUGAAGGUUUCGCAAAAAGAUUAAAAUUUAUAUUAUGACCUAUCAACUCAAACCUUGAUAUUGGAAUGAGAGAGAGAAAGCGAGAGGGAGAGAGAUAUAAAAUAAAAUAAAUGGAGAGAAAAACAGCCGAUCAAUGAAGAAAAGUAAUUUGUUAUGAUGUGUAUUUUUAUAAUCACUAAGCUUUUUCAAUCUUGUCUUUCUGCUUGUAAAAAUAGAUGUAUUUUGUGGUAUUAAAGUUCUUUUUACUAAGUCCACUCAA